AACAUCAUUCGGAAAGUUAGCAAACACACCGUUAUGUGCGCUUCCUAGUACAAAUUCCCCAUGCCGCGCGUAUUACGGACAAAAUGUCAAAACAACACACUCCAACUUGUGACUCGGAUGGUUUUAUUUUGGUUUCUUCGAGAAAUAAAAAUUAUGUAAACCGACCAGUGAAACGAUUAACAAAUUUUGAAUCACAAUCAACCAACGGGGCUACAACAGAGGAUCACAAUAUAGACAUAAAUAUUUUUUUACGGAAACUAUCUGAGGCUGAGAGCGAUUUGGUAACAUCUGCUUUCUUCAAGGCGAAUAUCGACAGACUUCUUACACCACUUGAACGAGCGAAUAUAAAGGCAAUAAUCUGUCUAGGAAUCGGAAAACUAUCCGAAUGUGUAAUAUCUCGUUUCCAAUUAGCCUUUGUGCGCUGUUUGCAAAGAGAAUUGAAUAUUAAAGGAAAAAUCCGAUAUUACGAUCCUAUUCUCAGCCGACAAGAGGGGCAAAUACUUGAGCAGUUGGAUGGAAUAGUUUUGGAGGAAAAUCUCGAAGGAAAAUAUAUCGCGGAAGAGAAGACUUUAUUCUACUUGCCCCAUUGUCCUAAACAGAUAAGCAAUAACUUGCUUUGGCGGAACUGGAAAUUAGAAUUUCUACAAAACGUAUUUUUAAUAGGAAACAGUUUCGAGGAAAUCGUCAGUAAAAACCCUCAGAGAUUGUUGAGAAAAAAUAUUCCAUUCAUCUUAAACGUAAAAGAUCAUUGUAUAGAAAUUAAAAUUGAAAAUAAUUUCAAAUUCAAGGAAAUUUUCAACGACACUUCUCUGCACUAUUUUGACAAAGCGGCGCUCAGAGAUAAAGAUCAGCACUUUUGGGAAACUGACGAACCGCAAUAUAACGAAGAAGACAUUGAGUUCAUAACCAGAAAAUUUCAACCUGAAAAACAUGGCCACAACUAA